ACGCGACUCCAGGGAUGUCAAAGAAUAAAAACACGUGUCGGUGCACUUUUAGUGUUUUAUACCUAUAUAAUUCUAUCAAUUAAAACAAUCAAAUAAAGGUCAUUUAGGAAGAUAUUCUUUCCAUUUAAAAGUGAAUAAAAUAAAGUUGACGGAGAGGAAUGGUAGUAGUAAUGGAAAAACCUACACUCAAAGUUUCUGUCUCUAAUAGUGAUUCAUCCUCAAGCGAGGAUGUAGAUGAAUCCGAUUAUGAAGAUCAAGAUUCGGGACUGGACCAGGACGGUGGAGAUGGAAACAAUACAGACGACGAAUUGAUAAUAAAAAAUGAGGGGUGGGCAGAUUCUAUAUCAAAAAUUUUAGGUUCCAAUAAACCUAAAAACAAGAAAACUUUAGUGUUAUCUCGGGCAAAAAAAUUAGCUGAUGUUGUUAUCAAACCAAAAGAAGAAAAGCCUACUUUUGAGGUUAUUGGGGAAGAAGUAAAAGAAGUUAAGCCAGAUAUUAAAAAAGAUGACACAAGUGUGUCAGAGCCACCACCAAAGAAGAAGAGAAAUGAAAAAUCAACAGUCCGAGUCAAACCAAAUAUACUUGAAAAAGACAGAGAAAGACUCUUAUCCAAAAUAGCCACAAAAGGUGUUGUACAAUUAUUUAAUGCAGUGAGAAAUCAACAAAAAACUUUUGACAGAGAAAUGAAUAAAGACAUACCAGAGGGUAAGAAAGAGAAAAUUAUGAAGAAAUUUGACAAACGGGCAUUCUUAGAUACACUGAUGGGACAGACAAAGUCUUUAAAUGUCGAGGAACAGACAAAAGCGAAAGAUGAAGUCAAAGAUGAAGCCGAAAAACCGAAAUGGAACGCUCUCAGGGAUGAUUUCAUGAUGGGAGCAAAAAUGAAAGACUGGGAUAAAGAAUCGGUAGAUGAAUAAAUAAUAUACUUUACUUUACAUAAUAUAAGUUUUAUUUUUGCUUAUUGUACAUAUUACCAAUGAAAAUUGUCUCUUAUUUUAUAAACAUAGUAUAGUUGUCGUUCCCAUGGAAUUGUUGGGCUAUUUGUUUGGGAAGUGUCGUGUAAAUUUUUACAGGAAGAUUCCAGACCAUGGUUUCUAUUGGCACAUUGAGUGGUGCAUUCCAAUCUUUGUCCUCCGGAUUGGGUAAUAGCUUAUCUUGACUUAACACAAAUUCAAAAUGUAGGCGCCAAUUCAGAGAUACUGCAAGGAAGAUAAAACUCGGAUUAUGAAAUAUAUAACAACAAUAAAUACCUAUUAUCACUUGAA